UUUACACUGUUUGAUUCAUUCCUAGGUGUGUGUACAUAUAUAGACUAUUAUAUAUAACACCAAAUAAAAGAUACAAAUUUGCAAAUCACAGAAUAUUCGUAAAAUUCCAAAGAAAUCGUUUAAAUCAAUGGCAGCAUUGCUUACUGUUAGCCGUCACCUUAAUUUUUUUCAAGUUUUUAUCCAAUGAAUUAACGAGAAAAUUUAAAAAAUCGAUAAUAAAGAUGGCAAACUCGAGGCAAAAAUCCAACUCCAUUUGCUAUUCUCUUAUCAUUAAUCCACGUCGAAACCAAUGAAAAGACAGUCUUAACAAUGGUGUCUUCUCAAGUUCAAUGAUUUGCAACGCAGGUUUUAGCAGAAGUUAACUUAGAUUGUUCUUUGUUUCCGGCAUGGUCAGAGCUUGAAAAGUGUUUGGUUCUACGAUGAAGACGUCUUCCUUGUUUUUUUUCCUUGGAGGGGUUGUUGUGUUAAUAAUAUUAUUGAUUAUAGUGUUAAUGUAUUGGAAAAUUUGGAAACCAGCAGGGAUUAAGAGUUUUAUAUCAGAGAGUAGAAGGCAUGCAGCAUCGACGGAUUUCUUUAGUGGGGACCUUCGAACUAUUUUCUAUUUUGACUUCAGGACAUUGAAGAGAGCAACCAAGAAUUUUCACCCUAAUAAUCUCCUUGGAAAAGGUGGAUUUGGGCCUGUCUACAAGGGGAAGCUUAAAGAUGGAAGAAUGGUUGCCGUGAAAAGGCUGUCCCAUGAUAAAUCCCAACAAGGAGAGUCAGAGUUUCUGGCAGAAGUGAGGUUGAUCACAAGCAUCCAACACAAGAAUCUGGUUCGCCUUCUAGGAUGUUGCUCAGAUGGGUCUCAACGUUUACUUGUAUAUGAAUUUAUGAAGAAUGGUAGCUUGGACCACAUAAUCUAUGGUAAGAAAGUGUACUUGAACUGGGAGACUCGGUUUCAAAUAAUAUUGGGUGUAGCACGAGGACUUCAGUAUCUACACGAGGAUUCUCAUCUAAGGAUUGUUCAUAGAGAUAUCAAAGCAAGCAACAUUCUUCUUGAUGAUAAGUUUCAUCCUAGAAUUGGUGAUUUUGGACUGGCUAGGUUCUUUCCUGAAGAUGAAGCUUAUCUUAGCACCACAUUUGCUGGCACUUUAGGUUAUACAGCGCCAGAAUAUGCGAUUAGAGGAGAAUUGUCUGAAAAAGCAGAUAUUUAUAGCUUUGGAGUUCUUGUGCUUGAAAUUGUUAGCUGCAGGAAGAAUACUGAUCUUACUCUGCCUUCAGAAAUGCAGUAUCUACCGGAAUAUGCAUGGAAGUUAUAUGAGCGAUCUCGUGUGCUUGAUCUAGUAGAUCCAAGACUGAAACAACUAGGAUCAUUGGUGGAGAAAGAUGUGGUUCGUGUUGUAAACGUAGCCUUCUUCUGCCUUCAGCUUCACCCGAACCUAAGACCGCCCAUGUCUGAGAUCGUAACCAUGUUAACUUGCACCCCCGAAAUGGUCGGAACGCCCUCCAGACCGGCCUUUUUUAAUCGGAGCCGACGUAAGAAGAAUAGUGAAAAGCUGUCAUAUGUGUCUUGGGAUACUAUGCCUGAUCCUUUCCCUUCUCCACUUGAAUCUGAAUCCACUCCAUCAACUCAGGCUCACACUCAAUUGCCUUGUUGAAUAUCACUUUUGUUUGUAGCUUUAAAGCACCAUUGUUUAAUUUCUAAUUGCUUGAAUAUUUUUUAGGAUAUUAAGUAGAGGUGUAAAUGAGUGCUUGUGAACCACUCGAGUUUGAAUCGAAACAAGUUUAAAUACUUUUUUAGUA